UACGACCAACCGGAACAAGCCCGCUGUGAUCAGCAUUUAAAUACCUCAACAAAGCAAAUAAGUGGCAGUCCCGUUUAAAAAUGAACCGAAUUUUCGGUCGCAGCAAACAAACGCCUACUCCCAACCUUUCUGACUGCAUAGGCAAUGUGGAUACGAGGAUCGAGUCCAUCGAUAAGAAAAUUGCGAGAAUCGACGCAGAGCUAAUGAAGUAUAAGGACCAGAUGAAAAAGAUGAGGGAUGGACCCUCAAAAAAUGCAGUGAAACAGAAGGCGAUGAGAGUGCUGAAACAAAAGAGAAUGUAUGAAGGUCAAAGAGAUCAGCUUUCCCAGCAGUCAUUUAAUAUGGAACAAGCCAACUAUACAAUCCAGUCUUUAAGGGACACCAAAACAACAGUGGAGGCUAUGAAGAUUGGAGCAAAAGAAAUGAAGAAAGCAUAUAAACAAGUGAAGAUGGAUCAGAUUGAAGACCUGCAGGAUCAACUGGAGGACAUGAUGGAAGAGGCCAACGAGGUUCAGGAAGCCCUCAGCCGCAGCUAUGGCACACCAGAGAUCGAUGAGGAUGAACUAGAAGCAGAACUGGAUGCUCUGGGAGAUGAGUUACUGCUGGAUGAUGACAGCUCUUACUUAGAUGAAGCCUCGUCUGCACCCUCCAUUCCUGAAGGAAUGCCAAGCGACACUAAAACCAAUAAGGAUGGCGUUCUGGUCGAUGAGUUUGGCCUACCACAGAUUCCUGCCACAUAAGAAUCUGUUCUCUGAUCAGUGUUUUGUUUACAUCUGGAGGAGUUUCUCUUGUGCUGAUGGUAUUGAACAUGUGUUGUAUUCAUUGGCCAGUCUAGCACAUGGCAUUGUAACUUCUGUUUACUGUUUAAUCUGAUCACAUGAAGCGUGAUUUUUCACUUUUAUUUAGAAUUUGGUUAUGUAAACAUGUUUUUGCUUGAUUUCCAUAACCCAGUAAAUUCCGACGAGGUCAAAGUGUUUAGAUAUCCACGUAAAACUUUUGGCAUAUCCCUUUAUUAAUCAGAAUUUUGGAUCACUUACUUUUCAUAGUAUCUGAAUGUUAUGAGAUACAAACAACUUGGGAAUGUCAAGUUAUUGAGGAAAGUUAUUUUUGGAGCAGCGUGGAUGUACAAAAAACAGUAAUAUUGCAAAAUGUUAUUACAAUAUAAAAUAAUGGGUUUUAUUUUAAUAUACUUUAAAAUAUAAUUUAUUCCUGUGAUGGAAAGCUGAAUUUUCAUCAGCUGUUACUUACUUAAGUGUCACAUGAUCCUUCAGAAAUCAUUCUAAUAUGCUGAUUUAUUAUUGGAAUUAUCAAUGUUGGAAACGGUUGUGCUGCCAAAUAUUUUUUUCAGGAUUCUUUGAUGAAUAACAAGUUAAAAAGAACAGCAUUUCUUCAAAAUUAAAUCUUUCACAACAAUGUAAGAAUAAAAAUGUACUGACCCCAAACUUUUGAACAGUAGUGUAUAUUGUUAGAAAACAUUUCUAUUUUAAAUCUUUUAAUGUUCUUUUUAACCUUUUAUUGAUCAGAAAAUUCUAAAAAAAAAACAA